AUGCCAAAAGAUAAAGUACAUGUAAAUUUAGUAGUAAUUGGUCAUGUUGAUUCAGGAAAAUCAACAACGACAGGCCAUUUGAUUUAUAAAUUAGGUGGAAUAGAUGAAAGAACAAUAAAGAAAUAUGAAGAAGAUGCAAAUAAAAUUGGAAAAGGAUCAUUUAAAUAUGCUUGGGUAUUAGAUAAUCUUAAAGAUGAAAGAGAAAGAGGAAUUACAAUAGAUAUUUCAUUAUGGAAAUUUGAAACUAAUAAAUAUUAUUAUACAGUAAUUGAUGCACCUGGACAUAGAGAUUUUAUAAAGAAUAUGAUAACAGGAACAACAUAAGCAGAUAUAGCUUUGUUAAUGAUUGCAUCUCCUGCAGGUGAAUUUGAAGCUGGUAUAUCUCAAAAUGGUUAAACCAAAGAACAUAUAUUAUUGGCUUAUACACUUGGAGUUAGAUAAUUAAUAUGUGCAAUAAACAAAAUGGAUGAUAAAUCAGUUAAUUAUUCAAAACCAAGAUAUGAUGAAAUUACUAAAGAAAUGAUAAUUUAUUUAAAGAAAGUAGGAUAUAAUCCAGAAAAUGUACCAUUUAUUCCUAUUUCUGGAUGGAAUGGUGAUAAUAUGUUAGAAAAAUCAAACAAUUUAUAAUGGUACAAUGGUCCUACUCUGCUUGAAGCAUUAGAUGCAAUAACACCACCAAAAAGACCAACAGAUAAACCAUUAAGACUUCCAUUAUAAGAUGUAUAUAAAAUAGGUGGAAUUGGAACAGUUCCAGUAGGAAGAGUUGAAACUGGAACAUUGAGGAAAGGUAUGGUUAUACAAUUUGCUCCAUCUGGAAUAACUACAGAAGUGAAAUCAGUAGAAAUGCAUCAUGAAGAUAUUCCAGAAGCUAUACCAGGAGAUAAUGUAGGUUUUAAUAUUAAAAGUGUACCUGUUAAAGAUUUAAAAAGAGGAUUUGUCGCUUCUGAUUCUAAAAAUGAUCCAGCAAGAGAAUGUACUUCUUUUAAUGCUUAAGUGAUUGUAAUUAAUCAUCCUGGAUAAAUUUAAAAUGGAUAUUGUCCUGUUUUAGAUUGUCAUACAGCACAUAUCGCAUGUAAAUUUGAUUAAAUUAUAUCCAAAAUUGAUAAAAGAACAGCUAAAGUUAUUGAAGAACAACCUAAAUUUAUUAAAGCUGGAGAUUCUGCUAUUAUUAAAUUAAUACCAACUAAACCUAUGUCUGUUGAAGUCUUUUCUGAAUAUCCUCCUUUAGGAAGAUUUGCUGUAAGAGAUAUGAAAUAAACUGUGGCUGUAGGUGUUAUUAAAUCUGUUGAAAAAAAAGAAAUUAAAAAAAAAUGA